UAUUAUAAAAAAGCAUGAGGUGAAGGUUGUUUUGUUUGAGAUGUGUUAUUUAUAUAUUUAGGUUAUGUGAAUUUUAGAUUGAACAGUGAUUAGAUUAGGUUUUAUAACACUAACGUAACUCUUUUUUUAUAUAACAAUAUUUGUAUAAUGGGAAAGUCCGGCAUACCUGACAGAUGGAGGGAUUACAAACCGAUGGGCUCUGUAAUACCUGGCACCCGAUUCCUUGCGUGCAAAGUGCCUUUAAAAGAGGCCUUGCUGAGAAGUCUGCCGCGGGACGAGAGGUUUGGCCCGGAUGAUCUAAAGAAGGCCUUCCCUAACAUUGGGCUCCUCAUUGACUUGACCAACACGGACAGAUACUACGUAAAGACGGAAUUCACAAGAGAAAACAUUGAAUACGAGAAGAUUCUGUGUCCAGGCCACGUGCUGCCGCCGAACUCUAUAGUGAAGAGGUUUUCUGACGUCGUGAAGAAGUUUAUUGAAACCCAUCAAGAAGAUCCUGAAGCCGUUAUUGCUGUACACUGCACUCAUGGUGUUAACCGUACUGGCUAUUUCAUCUGUAGGUACAUGAUUGAAAACAUGAAUAUUCCACCGGACGACGCUCUACUUCAUUUUCAGGGAGCACGAGGCCACGAAGUGGAGAGACAAAAUUAUGUGCACGACUUGAAGAAUGGAUGCAACGGUGGAUCUGAGAAAGAUCUGAAGAAUGUGAACCAGAGGUUCGUGAAAAGGAAACGAGACAGUGGGUUUUAUUCGGAAGUGUAUCCUGAUAAACCAUCAUACAAUACGCACAAAAUAUGGAGAUCUAAUGAUUCAGAACCAGAAACUUUUAAAAGAAUUACCAGUGGUAACUAUGCAAUGGACAGAGACCAGAUCGUAUAUGAAAGAGACGCCAGUAGAAACAGGAUGUCGUGCGAUCAGGUUCGAGAUAAUUCGUCAAAUCUGUGGAGAAUAAAAGAUAAACGUAAUGGUUAUAAUCCAAACACAUACUCAAACGCAUACGAGCAUUAUCCGCCACCACGACAUCAAAGAGUUUUGCCUAACGGUGGGAGAAAUGUAGAAAGUGACAGUCGAGGUGACUGGGGUGAAGUGAGAGAGUCGCAAAAGGUUCCAUACAGAUAUGCUCAGAAGCCUUCACGUCCCAAAUUUCAGAAGCACGAAUUCAGGUCGGCCCAUCAAAACAGAGUGAGCAACGAGGGAAGUUUAGCAAACAGCGAUCUUCCAGGAUCUUGGAUCGAGGAAAAAAGAUUGCGUCUUUCAGAUUCCACCCCGUUGAGGAAUGACGAUUUAAUACAAGAAGGUCAUUUAAAAAACCAACAAAGCUUAUCUAAGUUGCAUUUUAACUCUAGACCGUAUGAAAAUAAAGCUUUUAAUGGUGGGAUUGAUUUGAUCGCCAAUCCAGCGGGGCCCAGGGAGAUGGAACGUCACAGAGGUACUGCGGAUAUCACGCCAUCUGUGGUUGAUCAAUCACGGAGUAACCGUCAACACCCUACUCAUAAUGUCCUACCUGAUCCAGAUAAUCGCCAAGGAAAGUUUCCCCACCCUUAUAUGCCUAAACCGAACCAUGUUCACAACAAAUCACAUGGCCAACCACCCGUCUUGCAGGAAUUCGAUCAGCGACCGGGGCCUUCACGUCCUCACGGGUUCAUCGGUCCCGGUCCCGGUCGGAAGACUCACUAUCGCAACACCGACGCUUUGAAAGAUGGCCAACACCAGCAAACGUUACCGUAUUACACGUCCAAUAGAACAGUGUAUAACGCACAAAAUCAUUUUCCGAACUCCGCAGCCAGAAACGUUGAACUUACUCAGGGUCUGCCCAGGAACGGUCCAGAAACCGUGAGGGAUCCAGUGGCAAGAAACGCUCGAGGUUUCAGAAGAAGUAGGAGAAGGUGAUUUAAAAUGGAGUCGUCCACUAGAGCCGACACAUUACAGCUGUAAAUAAAGGGUUACAAAUUGUUUUAGAAAAAAUGUUCAAAAUCAAUGAGCUAUGACAAAUUUUACUGAUUGGUACACAGAUUGUGUAGGUGACAUCAUCAAGUUCAUCAAACUCUAUUAUUACUAAAUUUAUAUUUUGUACAAAUUAAGGUUUUAUAGAUAAUUAACAGUUUACUAUACUGUCCAACAAAGUGAACUGUAUCAAAUGUGUAUAAAAAAAGUAAAUUACAUAAAUAUAUGCAAGAGGUAUAUUAGUUUUACUGCGCUUCUGGAAUAAAGUUAUAUUUUUAUUUUUAUAAAAUUCACAUCGAUAAUUACAAUAAUCUAAAUUGUGAUGUUAUUAAUAGUUUUAAGCUUAUUUUUGAUUUUUAAUUUAAUUUUUUAUGUUUAUUACUUUUUUAUUUCUAUGUUGUUGUUCUGUUUAGUCAUUAUAUUUUUACUAGAUUUAUCUUAAGCAUAUGUAUUAUUUGCUCAUGGUGACACAAUGUGCUAUACGAAUGAAAUUCGUGUAAUUAGUGUUAUUAGGGAAAUUUAAUUCAUUUAUAUAUAAAACCCCAAGGUAAAAUUACCGUCCAGAAAUAAAUAACACGUAUCUUGAGAUCUGAUGGUAAAGGGUUUUCUUCCUGUCUUAGCCCAUUAAUGAAAAACAAUUAAAGCAUAAUUUUAAGGAGUAAAACAAAUUUUUAUGUGAUGCAACAGAUUUAAUGGAAUGUAUGUUAUAAAAAGAAUAAAAAGAAAAUGAGAAAAGUCAACACUUUUACCAAUUAAAAGUAACGCAAAUUAGAUCAGCAUUGUGUAAGAAGAUGUACAAAAGUCUCAAACACACAAACACUAAUAUAACAUUUAAAACAAAAACAAAAUCCAAAAGAUGCUGAAGAAAAUAAAAAUAAAUCUUGUAUAUAUUAAAUAUAAUGCGAUGAAUUCAAUAAAAAUUAAAUUAGACAAACAGAAAGGAAAAAAACCCUCAUACAGGAUUUAAAGAACAUUGCUACCAGAUACAAGUCUGCAGUUGCAAAAGAUUUUGUUAAUAAGGGCACAAACUUCGAAUAAAAAAUUAAAAUUAUUGAAACAUGUUAGCAGGUAUUUAAUCGUUUGGGGAUCAGUACAGAAAUCAAUUAAACUCAGAAGAUUUAUUAAAUUUAGAAUAUGGACCAAUACAAUAUUGUAUAUUAAUCUCACGAUUUGUAUUAAAAUCGAAAUCAUACAGGACAAAAUGAUAUUACAAUCCCAUAUGUCUGACGUAGCUUCGCUAGCGAAAGAAAUCGCGUGAUAAAGAAGUUUAAAAUGUUGGUUAUUGUGAAUUUACAAUAUGGUGAUAUUGUUGUUUGGUUUAGGGAUGCAAUAUUAACAUUAUAUGUGUUAAUAAAUGUUAAUACUUGUACAGUAAUGAUAAGAGUAAGUAAGGUUUACCUGUCAAAUUUCUUUAUGAUUUCUUUUUAGUUGACAGUUUCAAGUUUGCUACUACUGUGUGACUUAGUGUAAAGCUAUUGCUGUCUAUUUUGUGUAAAGUUUAAUAAAAGUUUUAGAAAACUA